UGUUCUUGGCGGGAGAAUAGAUUUUUGACAUAAAGUUUUUAUUUUUGUCCGUUUGUCAUUCACAAGUCCAUAGAAAUCAAAAUAUAAAAAUUUGUCGACUGACAACCAUAAUGGAGGUGAAUGACGAAUUAGAUCAAUUUUUGCUGGAAGUUGCUGAAGCCGAAGACCAGAAUUCAAGUCAGUUACCAAAUUUACGCGACGACAAUGCAUUUUCUGCAGCACUUGAUGCCAGCUCAUCCACAACUUCCAAGCCAACAGUGCAGUCAAGUGUGAUUCAUGAGAAUGGUGCAUUAGAUUCGUCGGACGAUGAGGAUAUGAAAAAUUUCCUCGAACGAAAAUACAACGAAUAUGGUCGCGACAUUCAAUCAAAAUUGAAGAAACAAAACGAAGAGCAAAUCGAUCGGAUCGUAACGAGGGAAGUGGACCAAAACAUUAGGAAAUCAACACCAAAGAGCACUCUGACGGAAAUUCACUUUCCGAAGUACAAUCCAAAACCAAUUACUGCUGCCAGUAAGCCUGAUAAUGUUGGCGUGUACACGGAUCCCAUUUUUGGCAUUAGGAUCAUUCAUCCGUUGAUUUCCAGUACUCAGCUCGGCGAACGAAUGGUUGGCCGAAUUGCAGUACCGAUGUCGUCACUGCGAAAACAUUUGGACCAUGGUGACUUAUCGAAAGACUGGGCAGUGGCUGGUGCAAUCGUUAAGAAGAGUGCUGUUCUCACUAGCAAGAAGGGAGCACAGUACGUUAUAUGGACUCUCAGUGAUUUGCGCGGUGAAAUCAAAACGAUUUCGUUGUUUCUGUUCAAAAAUGCGUACAAGCAACUGUGGAAGACAGCUGAGGGGAUGGUCGUUGCUGUUUUGAAUCCAGGCGUAUUCGACAGUAAACAGGGCAAAGGUGAUGAGGCGUGCCUAUCGGUGGACAAUGCCCAGAAAUUUAUGGUGUUAGGUCAAUCGAAAGAUCUAGGUACAUGUCGCAGUCGCAAGAAGAAUGGCGACAUGUGUCACGCUAUUGUGAACCUGGGUGACUGCGAGUAUUGUGUCUAUCACGUCAAGCAGGAAUACAGCAAAAUGUCAGGUCGAUCAGAAUUACAGUCAGCAACUAGUGGCCGGGGACUGGAUGCAUUACGGAACAAAGUGCUGGGCAAAAGUGAAGUGUUCUAUGGAGGACAGUCGUUUUUGGCGGUACCUGCGAAGAAGAACCCUAAACAAAUAGCUAAAGACCAACGUCGCCUACAAAUGCUAUCCGAACAAAGUCAGUCGAAUCAAUUACUGGAAAGUAGAGAUAGUAAUCGGUUGGCAGGCCUGAGUACCCCUGAAAAUGGCAUGUCGAUGGCUGUGAACUACAACAAACCAGCAACUUCAAAAAUCGCUGCUGGUGUCGAGGCCAACAUUUCACAACGUCGUAAGGACCUGGAAAGAUUAAAGCAACUCGAAGCCUUGCACGAAAGCCAAACUGAAAAUAAAACCCAAAAAGAACCAGUCACUGCAGCACCGAAACCGUUGACCAAUGCGAUACCAACGCUAAGCCGCUCCAGCUUUUCAAUUGAUCUGCCUGCGCCGGAUAAGAGAACUCAACUGGCCAAGGCAAAAGCACUGGCAAUUUUAAAGAACAAACCGAUUGAAAAAUCGAAUCCGAAUUUCAUCAAAUAUCGCGGCACAGUCGAAGGUAAGAAACGCGUACAAUCGGAAAUGUUGAGUCGUGACCCCGGCGAAGUGAAACGGCAAAAAAUUACCGAAGAUGCGGAGAAAUUUCGCCGGGAGAGAAUACAAAAGAUUAUGGAGACAAAAUCCUCACAUUCUGACCUGAUCGACGAGCAUGCCAAGGAUGCCGAAGACAAAUAUUUCAGUAAGCAGGUGAAGAAGGAGGCAAUGGAGGAGAAAAUGCUGAACACGUUUGAGGUUGAUUGUAAAGCCGUUGUGUGUCUGAAAUGCAGGUACACAGCCCUAUCAUCGGCGGACCGGUGCAAGAACGAAGGGCAUCCAAUUAAAGUGAUUGACGCCAAGAAACGCUUCUAUCAGUGUUCCGAUUGCGGCAAUAGAACGGUUACAGUGCAUCGCAUGCCGCAAACGAGCUGUAAGAAUUGUCAAGGGUCCAAGUGGCAACGAGCUGGUAUGAUCAAAGAGCGUGCAACUGAAAAAGUUGGCGAACAGUUGUCGAUUAGAGGGGACGAAGAAAUGUUUUUGGGAAGUUUGCACGGGAACGGAAAUUUGAACUUAUGUGUGGCGGAAUCGUAGGUUCGUUUUUGAAAAAUUUUAUAAUUUACUUCUUGAGAUACUUUAAAAGAGGCUGCUGCAACUCAACACAAUUUUUUUUAAGUCAAAGUCGUUAAUGAUAAAAAAAUAAAGAAAAUCCU